GAGGAAGUGAAAGGGGAACAGAGUAGCUGAGGGUAGCAGACAGAUAGUUAGCUCGCUGGCAAGCAACACUUCAAGCAAAGUGCCAAAUUUACAUACCAGUCGUAGAUAAUUUGCCUUGGCAAUUUACGACACGUUUUUUGUAAGUGUUCACGCAAAGGGCAGCACAUUUUUCUAAGAAUUUGAAACGAGGUAUUGCCAAAUUAACGCUAGCUAACAGAGUUCAGAGCCAGUGAGCUAGGUAGCUAGCUAACGUAACGCCUAGUUAGCCACCAACGCUAACUGCCCUGAACAAUAACAGCUACUUAGCUCGCAGCCAGGUCGGUUCCUGUCAACAAGUCGCGGCUCCGGUUACAAGUUGAAACGGUUGAAAAAUGACAUCCAGAAAGAAAGUGCUCUUGAAAGUCAUCAUCCUGGGAGAUUCUGGAGUUGGGAAGACCUCCUUAAUGAACCAGUAUGUGAACAAAAAGUUUAGUAACCAGUACAAAGCUACAAUAGGAGCCGAUUUCCUGACCAAGGAGGUGAUGGUGGACGACCGGCUUGUUACAAUGCAGAUCUGGGACACAGCCGGCCAGGAGAGGUUCCAGUCUUUGGGUGUUGCGUUCUACCGUGGCGCAGACUGCUGUGUGCUUGUGUUUGAUGUGACUGCACCCAACACCUUUAAGACGCUGGACAGCUGGAGGGAUGAGUUUCUGAUCCAGGCCAGCCCUCGAGAUCCUGAGAACUUCCCCUUCGUGGUGCUAGGCAACAAGAUUGACUUGGAGAACAGACAGGUAACCACCAAAAGGGCUCAGGCAUGGUGUCAGAGUAAGAACAACAUCCCCUACUUUGAGACCAGCGCCAAAGAAGCCAUAAAUGUAGAACAGGCAUUCCAGACAAUUGCACGUAACGCCCUCAAACAAGAGACAGAGGUGGAGUUGUAUAACGAAUUCCCAGAGCCCAUAAAACUGGAUAGGAAUGACGGAGCUAAAUCUUCAGCAGAAAGUUGCAGCUGCUGAAGGAUAACUUGGACCAUCUUCUCUCUUGGCUUUCUGAAAACACCCUGUCACCGGUUCCAUCACCUGCACCUCGCUCCCAGGGAAAGGACUUCCCUAUUGGUCUUCCUCUUUCACGCCACUGUUCAUUCCAUUGACACAACCCCCCCCCACGCACAUGGAUGUACCCACACACACACACUUAGUAUACAAAUUAAUACACUAGCGUACUCUCAUAAAAUACGCUGACACAUAUAGUGCCCAAAGAUCACACGAGAGAAGAAUGAACACCCCUUCCGACCCCAAAGCCCCUGACUCAACAGUGAGUGAUCUCUUGCCCCGCCCCCCCCACAUUUUUCUGACUGUGGCCCCUGACUCUCACACUGGGGGAGCAAGAUGGAGCCACGUUCAAAGAGUGCAAUUGGGAACUCUAGAUGGGCUGGCUGAUGCUCUGUAAUGUGAGAUGAUGUUGGCUAAUGUCAGCAUCCCAAGUAUAUUAUUCUCUUUCAGUUUUGUCCUUGCUCUCUAUUGCCUACUACAAGUAAUCAAGUUGAAUCAUCAAGCAAACUUAUAUAUAUAUAAAUAAAUAUGCGCGCGCUGAUGUUAUUUCUCCAGCCAAUCUGAAAAACAUACUUUUUUUUUUUUUUGCACUUUAUUUUUAUGUUCAAGCCUUUUUAAUUGUUAUAGAGGGAUGACUGAUUUUGGGCAACGUCUGCUACUACACGUCUUUUGGUAAGCUUCAAAUUAUACCUCCACACUUUGUUCCCCCUGUCAAAUAUCCUCCUGAGAAUCUGUUCUACACUUUGGUGAUUGUACUGCCUUUUCCCUUGAAGGCUGUGUUCAUGGGUUUGUAAAUGCCUCACAGUGCAGAAGAAAGGUUCUUAAGUAGACAUUAAGCAAAGGCUGAUAACGUCACAGUGUAAAACAUGGAUUAAAUCCUUGAUAUAUUAAUAUUUGCCUUUUAUGUAACAUUACUUGUACCGCUAUUAUUACUGCUCUAUGUGUUGUGUCCUUCAUCAGACAUCUUUCAACGCUAUGGAAUUACAAUGUGUGUCACCAACACAGCAUACACCUGUCUUCUGUCAUGUCUUUGUUAUUGCUGUUCUCUCUAUCUGCUUGUAGCUCAGGUUGGCUAAGUACUUAAUAUUUUAAACGGACUGUGCAUUACGGUGUAUAGAUGAUAAAGGUAAAUGGCUGAUGGAUUGAAUUGAAAUGGAUGCUCUCUCUUUCCAUUUGAAGAAAAGAUCCAAGUUUUUGCCCUGGUAUUACUCCUUAUCCUUAUAGAAAAAAAUCACUUCGAUGCCAAUGAUGUUGUCAAAGAAAAUUGGGACAUCAAAUAAUAAAACUCUUGAAUAUAUCAAUGGUC